ACAGCGCCAGAGCUGCUUCCUCACGCUCGCUCACCAGGACAGACAUAGAGGCGGAAGGAAGCGAAGGAGAAGAGAAUGGUUGUUCAUCUCUCUCCCCUCCUCCUCCUCCUCCUCCUCCCCGUUCCUCCGAGCGAGCAGUGAUCGCUCCCCAUUGGAGCAGAGAGGAACUCCGCCGACGGAUCGACGAUGAUGAUCGAGUCCGCCAUGGCCCUUCGGUUCCCCGCCGGCUCGAGCUUCUGCUCCUCUUCCGCCUUCCCCUGUUACCGUUCACUUCUGAGCUCGGACGAGCACGCCGGAGUCCACGUCAGCUCCCGUCGGAUUUCACACUCCAGCUGCUUUGACAUGCCGUGUUAUCAUAGAGUAAAUGGCGGCGGCGGCGGCAGUUCUAUUUCGAGGAGGAAGAACCUCGCGAGGAACAAAGUAAGAGCUACUGCGGAGCAUUUAGGUUCAGCAUCUGAUCCGAUUAAGUACAAUGGGAGGGCGGGGUACCAUCCGUUUGAGGACGUUGCCGAAUUAGCAUCAGGUGGUGCUGGAGAUGCUAGGCUUACAACCGCAGAAACUGUGCGGACCGUUGUCGAGGUGAACAGUAAAGCUACACUGCUGUUCUCUGGUGUGGUUGGUGAUGAAGUCCACGAAAAUAUUCUUUGGCCCGAUUUGCCUUAUGCAACUGAUGAGCAUGGGAAUAUAUAUUUCCAGGUGAACAAUGACGAGGAUAUUAUGCGAGCAUUAGCAUCAGACACGCAUAUGGUGCAUGUAAUUAUAGGCUUGGACACCAUGGAAAUGAUGAAUGACAUCGAAAUAUCAGGUCCUGCAGAAAUUGAUUUCGGAAUCGAAGAAAUCGGGGAGGAAGAUAGUGAUUUUGAAGAAGAUGGUGAGGAUGACGAUGCUGAAGAUGAUGACUACGAAGAGGAUUGGGUGUCUGUUCUUGAAGAUGAAGAUGAUCUUGAUGAAUCUGAUGGGAAUCUUGGAGACUGGGCAAAGUUGGAUACUAUGCAUUAUUCUCAUCCUAUGUACUUUGCAAAGAAGUUGGCUGAGGUUGCCUCGGAUGACCCUAUCGAUUGUAUGGAACGACCUCCAGUUGGUAUUGUCAUUCAUGGCCUUUUAAGACCAGCACUCAUUGAAGAGAAGUCAGUCAUUCAGAAGCUUUUAUCUGGCCAUAAUUCCAGUGCUGAUGUAAAUAAUGUCGAAGUUAUUGUAGACAGCAAAUUAGAAGAUUCUGGUACGAGUGGCCAGAGUCAAGCACCAGUAUCAUUUGGAGAUGGCUCAAUGGGGGUAGAGGAAUUGGAAAAGGAUGAAAACCUGAAGAAGGACACGUCAUUUUACAAGCUGGAGAUGAUUAAAAUCCAGCUGCUUUCGGUACACGGACAUCCAAAUAUUAUUGAAGUAGAGGAUUACAGGAGAGCGAGGCCUGAUUCCAUUGCUCCCUCCGCUGCUAAAAUCAUGUCUCGCUUAAAAGCUGGCGGAGAGAAGACUGGACAAGCCCUCAAAUCCUUGUGUUGGAGAUCUAAGGGCAUUCAAGUGGAGGAGGCUAUGAUUACUGGCAUCGAUGCCCUGGGCUUUGACAUGAGGGUUUGUUCAGGAACACAGCUUCAAACGUUACGCUUUGCAUUUGAGACCAGGGCCACUUCAGAAUAUAGUGCUGAGAGGCAACUCAACGAUCUUUUAUUUCCGAGGAUCCAACACAAGACACAAAAAAAGAGGCAGACCCGUCAAAAUGAAUGGUAACUCAAUGAGCUAGUUAGUGCAUCAAUUAUUUAUUGUACCAUAUUUGUUGAUUUUGCUGAUCGGCAGUAAAUCAAUUAAGCUCUUCCUUCUCAUGCUUUGUUGCAAGAAAUGGGGUAUUGUAUUUCGUUCUUUUCUUCAGUUGUUUGCUUUGUCUGAGCAACCACCAUUCAUUCAAUCGGUUUUGUGGCAUUGCUUU